UCUCAGUCACACACUCACAAAGAAAUGAAGAAUCUAUUAUUUUGUCUCUUUCUUUUUUCAUUCUCAUUUUUUUGUUUCUUUGCUUGCUCAAUUGCAAGUAUAAAAAAUAUCAGCACAGACGAGUCUGCUCUUCUAGCAAUUAAAUCCCUCAUUACUUCAGACCCCUAUAAUAUGUUAUCUAAUAAUUGGUCAAGUUCAUAUUCUGUAUGCAAUUGGGUUGGUAUCAGUUGUGAUAAGAAACACAAUAGAGUUCACAGUUUGAAUCUCACAAGCAUGGAUCUUAGAGGCACUCUUUCCCCAAAUAUAGGAAACUUGUCGUUCCUUGUUAUACUUGAUCUCUCCAACAACAGUUUUGGUGGCCAGCUUCCCAAAGAGAUCUGUUGGUUGCGCCGAUUAAAGGCUCUUGAAGUCAACCAUAACGAAUUUGUUGGAGGAAUUCCUAUAGCGUUGGGAGAAUUAUCACAACUUGUAUAUUUAGAUCUCUCGUUUAACAACUUGAAUGGUUUUAUCCCUCAAUCUAUACACAACUUGUCUAAGUUAGUGUACUUAGAUUUUGAAAAAAACUCCAUCGAAGGUACCAUUCCAUCAGCGGUUGGACGACUUCAUCGACUGAAAAGUUUGAAUAUUGGUGAAAACGAGAUGUCGGGUUUAUUACCCAAAGAAAUCUCAAACUUAUCUUCACUUGCUGGAUUGUUUUUAUCUUCCAACAGUUUUUCAGGUCCAAUACCCGAGGAGAUUGGUUAUCUUGAUCAACUUGAGUAUCUAAUAUUGGCAAACAAUAGCUUUAAUGGAUCUCUUCCUUCCAAGCUCCUCAACAUAUCAUCACUGGAAGGUUUGUAUCUUGAAAAAAAUUACUUCUCAGGUAAAAUCCAAUCGAAUACAAGAUAUAGCCUUCCUAAGCUGCUAUCUCUACACUUGAAUCAAAACAAUUUUGUUGGAAAUAUUCCAAAUUGUAUAUUCAAUGCUUCUAACCUCAUUCAAUUACAAUUGAGUUUCAAUGCAUUCAGUGGAACUCUACCCAAUACUGCAUUUGGAGAUUUAAGGUUCCUAGAAGUGUUUCUCAUAUAUUACAAUGAUUUAACAAUUAAUGAUUCUUUCCAAUUCUUUACUUCGUUGACGAAUUGUAGAAACUUGAAAUAUAUAGGCCUGUCGGGAAAUUAUAUACAAUCCAGCCUUCCGAAGUCAAUUGGAAACUUAACUUCAGAAUCCUUUGAGGUAGAUUCAUGUGGAAUUAAUGGUAAUAUUCCCAUAGAAAUUGGAAACAUGAGCAAUUUGCUAUUUUUUUCUCUAAUUGGGAAUAAUAUAAUUGGACCAAUACCUUCUACAUUUAAAGGGUUACAAAAACUUCAGAGCUUGUAUCUUAGUGACAAUAGAAUAAAAGGAUCAUUUAUUGAAGAGCUUUGUGAAAUUAAGAGUUUGGGUGAGUUGUAUUUAGGAAAUAAUAAGCUUUCAGGAGUAUUACCAGCAUGUUUGGGAAAUAUGACCUCUCUUAUAAAGAUACAUGUAGGAUAUAACAAUUUAAACUCAAAAAUACCUACCUCACUUUGGAGUCUUAGAGAUAUUUUAGAGGUGAAUUUGUCCUCUAAUACUUUCAUUGGUAAUCUUCCACCAAAGAUUGGGAAUUUGAGAGCAGUUGUAUUAUUAGAUCUAUCAAGAAACCAUAUUUCAAGCAACAUCCCUACAAUCAUUACUUUCUUAAAAACAUUGCAGAAACUCUCUUUAGCGCAUAACCAAAUCUAUGGGUCAAUUCCCACAUCACUUGGUGGCAUGGUAAGCUUGAUCUCCUUGGACUUGUCCCACAAUAUGCUAACUGGUGUUAUUCCAAAAUCCUUAGAAUCACUUUUGUAUCUUCAGAAAAUCAACUUUUCUUAUAAUAGAUUACAAGGAGAGAUUCCUGAUGGUGGACUUUUCAAAAAUUGGACAGCUCAAUCUUUUAUGCACAAUGAAGUUCUUUGCGGAAAUCCUCGCCUACAGGUACCUCCAUGUCUUAAACUUGUUAAGAAAAGUUCAAAGGCAAAUAAGCUAUUACUCAAAUGCAUGGUUCCCAUAGUUGUGUCAAUCAUUUUCAUUGUUGGAAGCAUAAUACUUUUGAAAGUUAACAAAAGAAAAAAGGUUGAAAAUACUCUUGAAAGAGGUUUAUCAACUUUAGGAGCUCCAAGAAGAAUUUCUUAUUAUGAACUUGUGCAAGCAACAAAUGGAUUUAAUGAGAGUAAUUUGCUUGGAAGGGGUGGCUUUGGCUUUGUGUAUCAGGGAAAACUUCCUGAUGGUGAGAUGAUUGCUGUCAAAGUAAUUGAUUUGCAGUCGGAGGAAAUAUCAAAGAGCUUUGACGUGGAAUGUAACACAAUGAGAAAUCUACGACAUCGAAAUUUAAUUAAGAUUAUCAGCAGUUGUUCAAAUCUUGAUUUCAAGUCGUUGGUGAUGGAGUUCUUGUUAAAUGGAAGUUUGGAAAAAUGGUUAUAUUCAAAUAACUAUUGCUUAAAUUUCAUGCAAAGGUUAAAUAUAAUGAUAGAUGUUGCAUCUGCAUUGGAAUACCUCCAUCAUGAUUCUUCAAUACCAGUGGUUCAUUGUGAUCUAAAGCCUACUAAUGUGUUGUUGGAUGAAGAUAUGGUUGCACAUGUUAGCGAUUUCGGUAUUGCAAAGCUCAUGGAUGAAGGGCAAUCUAAAACUCAUACACAGACUUUGGCUACUAUUGGAUACCUUGCACCAGAAUAUGGCUCUAAAGGAAUUGUUUCUGUAAAAGGAGAUGUAUAUAGCUAUGGAAUCAUGCUAAUGGAAAUCUUCACCAGAAGGAAACCAACAGAUGAUAUGUUUAAUGUAGAAUUAAGUUUGAAAACAUGGAUCAGUGGAUCAUUGCCAAGUUCAAUUAUAGAGGUUGUGGAUUCUAAUUUAAUCAAACAAAAUGAGAAAUAUAUGGAUGACAUGUUGACUUGUAUGUCAACUAUUUUUGAUAUAGCCUUGGAUUGUUGUGAGAAUUCACCGGAAGCAACAAUUAACAUGACAGAUGUUAGUGCAUCACUGAUCAAAAUCAAAACUAUGGUACUUGCCCAUAACGAGGUUUAGUUAUUUUCUUCUCUAAAAGGGAAGUGUUAACUUGAAAUUUAUUUUUAUGCAUUUUUUCUCAUUUUGAAAUGUUUAUAUUAGGGUGUUUUCAAUAUUGUUUUUGGAAUGUUGUCGUGCUUCUUAUGGGUUGUUCUUUCAAUUUUCUUCACUAUUGUAUCGAAGUGUACUCUUUCAUUUAUGUGUUUAAAAUUUCUUUUAAAAGAGAUCAUUUUGAACUAGUUUUUUUUAAUGUAAAGAGCUAUGCUAUUUGUACACUACAUUUUUGUAGACCCUAUUUACACCGUAUAUAGCUUCAAGGCAAAAUGUUGUUGUGCACGGAAAUUAAAGUACAAUGAAUUAUUAAAAAAACUAAAAUUAGUAGACCUUAUAUAUACUGCUAAUAGAAAAAAUUCGUG